CAACUUCUCCCAGCUACUAUAAAUAGCUACUUCCAGGCCUUUCAAAUGCAUUUGAGCACCCAACUUGUAAGAGCGAGCAUUUCUGCCAUUUCACGCAGAGGUUUACAAUGAACAAACCCAAGAUCGUUAGACCAGAGGAGAGCCAGCCUGCACAUGCAGUGUGGUUUGACAGGAAAAAAUAUGUCACCGUCAACUUCAGGGUGCAGAAACCAAGAGAUGUCCAAGUUGACAUCCAGACAGACAAAAUGAUUUUAUGCUGCAAGAAUGACACAGAUGAUGUGAUCUACAAUGAACUGUACUUCUAUGAAAAAGUCCAAAUUCACGACUCCAGAGAAAGGGUGUACGACCGUACCAUCAGUGUAUUGCUAAGAAAAAUAAAACCAGAUUACGCGUGGCCUCGUCUACAGAAGGAUCCAGAAAAGCCCAGUUGGAUUUCUGUAGAUUUUGAUAAUUGGAGGGAUUGGGAGGAUGAAGAAGAGGAUGGAAGGGAGGAGUAUGAAAAAUAUGUCGACAUGAUCCAAGAUAUGGCAACAUCUAAUAAAGGAGCAACACCAGACAUGGGGGAUCUAAGUGAUUCUGACUGAGACGACCACAACCUACUGUGGGUUCCAGGCCACCACUCUCCCUCAAUUCCUCAGGAUAGAGACAAUUAAUAAUGUUUAAUAAUGGUUGAUGAUCAUGGUUAAUAAUGUUUGUAAAUGUGCUGUGAAAAAUUUACAAAUGUGACUUUUUCUUCAUUCUAUUUACUGAUUAUAUGGUUCUUUGUACUUGUACUGUCUAUAUCCAUUUGAUUUAAAGAACGGCAGGUUGUUUGUUGAUCUCCGUAAUUGUGUUUUAAGGAACUUUGUGUUUAUUUAAGAAUAUUCUUUUGUAUGAAACAUGUCUAUAUUAAAAGGUUUUU